GCAAAACUCCGACCUUUCUGGCGGCGGCGCUGACUCGAACUCUCUCUCAUUCUCUCAUUCUCUAUAAUAAAAUGGCUACGCUUGCGCUCCUUUCGGCUUCGUCUCCACCUCCUUCGCUCCUCCUCCGCCCCAUGCCUUCCUCUCUCCUCCGCCCUCUCCUCCCCCUUCGCCGCCGCCUCUCCCUCGCCGCCGCUGCGGCCGCCCGUCCAGACACCACCCUCUGGACCGAAGCCCCCGUCACCACCAUCCACCCCGCCUCCGCUGACGGCUCCCUUUUCCACAUCUCCAUCGACGCCGGAGACCUCGCCUCCUCCUACACCUCCCCCGGUCAGUACCUCCAGGUCCGCCUCCCCGGCUCCGAGAAACCAUCUUUCCUCGCCAUCGCUUCUCCGCCUCCCUCCCUUGAUUCGUCCCCAACUGGUGAGUUCGAGUUCCUUGUGAAAAAGAUCGCUGGAUCCGUCGCAGAGUUGCUGUGCGGGUUGCGGAGUGGUGACGUUGUUGAGCUUAGUGCCGUCAUGGGCAAAGGAUUCGAGAUCCAUCGGAUCUCUCCGGCUGAUGCGUUCCAAUCCGUCUUGAUCUUCGCCACCGGCUCCGGAAUCAGUCCAAUUCGCUCCCUUAUUGAGUCAGGUUUCAAUGCAAAUGAAAGAUCAGAUGUGAGGCUAUAUUAUGGGGCUAGAAAUCUUCAAAGAAUGGCCUAUCAGGAUAGGUUUGAGUACUGGGAAUCUACCGGUGUUAAGAUCAUACCUGUUUUGUCUAGACCAGAAGAUAAAUGGAAAGGAGAACAUGGCUAUGUUCAGGCUGCAUUCUCUAAAGCUAAAGAACUGGUAAAUCCUUCAUCAACCGGUGCAGUUCUUUGCGGGCACAAACAGAUGGCUGAGGAUGUAACAUCAGUUCUUGUGGCUGAUGGAGUUUCCAAAGAAAAAAUUUUGAAGAAUUUCUAACAAUUCAGUGGUGGAUGCAACUAGGUUGUUGUACUAUUCUUUGCCUGUCAAAUUGUGAUUAUUAUUUUCCCACAAUGCUUUCGUGGAGCCUGGAUCAAAACCUGGAUUUUUGUUUGGCAAACAUGAUGCAUCUGUUGAUGCUGGACUUUGCCCAUGCCAAUAACAGAGAACGGAGAAAGUCAUUCAAAAAAAUUUGUUAGGCUGUACACUUUUUUGUGCACCUUUUCAGAAUCAGGAUGUAACCUUGUUAUUGUUGCAUGUGUUAUUUGAAAACAGAAAUAAUAUACCCUUCUAAAUUUUGUCUA